UUUUGUUUAAAGUUUGUGUUACCAAUGAAAGUUGCGUUCAAUUCUGAACAAAGGAGCGUAGUGAACAUAAACACAACUUAUCACAAAUUUCAAUUUCAUCUUUCACAUUUAUUUCUAAAACAAUAAUAAAUAAUUUUGUGUUCACUUCCCCUAAACGCGCUUAUAGAGAGAAGAAGAAGCAAAACGCAUUGUUUGUUUCGUUUAUAACUGCUUUCCGUUAUUAUGGCUGAAACUUCGACUCUUCUCGUUCGAUCUUUCUCCACUCCCGUUGACACUAGUUGCGCACUCCACGAGAGUAACCCUCUUCGGGCUCUCGGAGAAUCUAUCUCUUUUGGAAGGUUUAUGACAGAAAGCUUGAAUUGGGAGAAAUGGUCAACAUUUACGCAGAAUCGCUACGUGGAGGAAGCUGAAAAAUAUUCGAAACCAGGUUCUGUUGCUGCCAAAAGAGCCUACUUUGAGGCUCAUUAUAAGAGAAAGGCUGCGGAGAAAGAUGCUGCGUUGGUCCAAGAAGCAAAUGCUCAAGCUAAUGAAACUUUUGAAUCGGAAACUAGGGAACGAAACUGCGCAGACUCAUCCGAACAGAUAAAGUUGGAAGCUGACAAUAUUGAGACAGCCAAUGAAGAGAUAAAUAAUGAUACUGUCAAUUACCAAGGUGUUGAUUGUGACUGUGAUGCAAACCAAUGUAAAUGUGACGUUGGAGAAAAUGAUUUAGAUAUUUCUGAGGUGGAAGGAAUAGAGGAAGUCCUACGACCCUACAACGAUAUCAAUCUUGAUGUGGAGCAAAACUGUACUGACUCAUCCGAACAGAAAAAGUCAGAUGAUGGCAACAUUGAGGCAGCCAAUGAAGAUACUGUCAAUUACCUAGUGGUUGACUGUUAUGAUACAAACCAACAUAAAUUUGAUGUUGGACAAAAUGAUUUAGAUGUUUCCCAUGUAGAAGGAACAGAGGAAGUCCUACAUCCUUGCAAUGAUAUGAAUCUUGAUGUGGAAUGUUGUGUGCUUGUUGAUAAUUCUAAUCAGCUUGAUCAUGUUGAAGUCCAUAAGAAUAUUGAUGUUCCUGUUGAAGAGACAGCGCCUGAUCCUGGCAUUACCGAUCAAGAAGUUUUGGCUUUAUCCGUCAAGGAAAGAGAAGUAAAUUCUUCUCCAAAAUCAUCAGCCAAAAUUAGGGCUGACAAACUGCCUCAUUCCCGUGAUGAAAGGAAGGCUUUUAUUGCUGUACCACCGAGAAGUAGAAUAAACUGUGGUUUGAAACGUGAGAACUCUAUUGGAGAUGCAGUUGAGAGGAAGAUACUAACUGCACGGUCACUCCACACGUCAAUCAAUCUUCCUUCUAGCACCGCUGUAACAAGCAAAACAGGUGAUGCAUCUUUAAGAUCCAGAUAUGGAAUUCACAGAUUUUCAACAAGUAAGAGCUCUGUUGGAAGCUUAGUUGAGAAGAAGAGAUUGACUACAUCAUCACAUUACAUGUCAAUCAAUGUUCCAUCUGGCACUGGGGUAGCAAGUAAAACAACUACCACAGCGCUUAAACCCAGCAACAGAAUGAACAUUGUUCCAAAAAGUAUUGGAGCCUCAUUGGAGAAGAGACCAAUUACAAGGUCACUCCACAUGUCAAUCAAUCUCUCUUCUGGUGCUGGUAUAACAAGUAAAACAACUUCAAUGAUUGAACAUAACAGUAUUAAAAAAAUUCAUGGUGGUUUGCCCAAAGUUCAUCCAGUGGCAUCACAGACAUCAACUGAGGCAUCUCGUGGUUUGUCAAAUCAAGCUCCAGCAAAUCUUCCUUCUGUGGGCAGAAGCUGCCUGAAAUCUUCAAGCACCACUAAAAGCAAUCCCCGGUCAGCUACCAUAUCAUCACCUUUUAGAUUUAGAAGUAAUGAAAGAGCAAUAAAACGCAAAGAGUUCUUGCAGAGGAUGGAUAAAACUAAAUCCAAGGAAGAAGAGAAAGUUCAAUUGCAAAGGAUAUCAAAGGAUAAAACAGAGCAUGAUCACCAAAAGCAGAGCAGUGGCACGAAAUCAAAACAAAAUGAUGAUGGCCUAAGUGGAUCACAAUCAUCAAGCAAUCAGACUAGAAAGAUCUCACUUACAUCGACCCUGUCACCAAGGCUAGUGAGGAAAGCAAGUUCUAGUACAACAAAAAACUUGGGAAGUUCAUGGAAGCCUCCAAUCAGCGCUAAUAAUUCCAAACGUAUUUCAGAAAAAAACAACCAAACAACAAGGCAAUCAGGAACUUCAUUAUCAAAAACCAGGCUGGAAAAUGCUUCUCCAAAUAUUCAGCAUUGAGAACAUGAAAUUGGUUACCUGAGACUGUCUUCUUUUGAAGAACUUGCUGUCAAAGAUAGUAUUCUGCAAUAUAAUACGGCGCUUAUGAUUUGACUCUAAGAGGAUCAUAUGGAGGUUCAUGUCGUGACAUGUUUUCACAUUUUGAUGGAAAUUUUUGUAGACCUUUUUUUUCUUUUCAUUUUUCCAAUUAUAUCUAGGCUUCAAUAAGUUUUGACCUAGGAGCAUAUGAGUGUUAGAAAAAUUAACUCUGUAAGUAGGUUUAGGCUAUAACUAUAUACCUAAAGGUAGAUAGGGGAUGUGUAUAGUCUAUAGUUGUCAUGGAUUAAAUUACCAUUGUUUUUUUGUGUUUGACAAACUAAUACAUUUGUUAGUGUCUUAGUGAUUCA